GGCGACUCUGUUUUCCCCGCAAAGCCGCGCCCAAACACAAGCUCCCUUUUUUGUCCCACAGUCACUUCUCCAAAUUGUCAUGCUGCAAGGGACAGCGGAGCAAUUGAAGUGCGAGCAGUGACUCGUGGGGCGGAGGAAUGCUCGAUCCGAACAUGUCGGCCGCGCCAGCAGCACCAGCGCCGUCACCAGCAACGCCUGGCGAGGGCGGCGCAGGCGGCGCGGGCAUUCUCGUCAACGCGGCCGAUCUGGACCGCGCCCCGCCCGCUGUCAGGGAAUACCUCCUGAGCCUGCUGCGACGCAACAGCCGCCCGCGCGCCCAUGGGGCUGAGGCCGGCGCUGAGACGGAUAUCGCAACAACCACGGCUACCACUUCAGCCAUCGCCACUUCCACCACCACCCCCAACAUCAACACCGCCAUUGGCGCAGGGCCGCCAGCAAACAGUACUAUAGAUGAUACCCAACAUCAGGAUGGGGCUGCGGCCCACAAUACAAACAGCGACGGCAACGCCCUCGUCGUACAAGCAGUGGCGCCGCCGGUACAGACCGCCACUGUCAUCGCUGCCGUCGCCAAAGAUAACAUCGUCGCUGCAGCAUCAGCAACGCCCGUGCCGCCACCAGCAGCGGCGCCUCCUACCCCACCGCCCUCGUCCGAUGAAGGUGCUGCGGCGGCCGACCCCCAGGCGGGGUUCAAGACCCUGGCCAAGCAGGUCGCCGACAUGGCCACCGAGCUCUCGCUGCUGCGUUCCGAGACCAAGAUGCUCCGGGAUGUCAUGGCCGAGUCUGGCGUGCUCAAGAGCGACGGCACGGCGAGAGAGACCACGGCUGCCCCCACCGGCUCCGCGGAUGUCGUGUCGCCGUUCCUCCAGGCCCGCGUUCUAGAAGCGCAGCGGAGAGUUUGGGAGUAUGGAGGCGUAGUAGCGCCCCCGCCUUCUCACUACGACGGCGACGGCGACGUGUUCGCAAGCCCCGGGCCACCUCCAUUUUCGCCUUUGUCUGACGUGGUGGGGCCUCGGACUCCUACUCGGUCGGGAGAUGAUGAUACAGUGGUUGCGGCUUCCGCCCCUGACAGCCCCGGACCGCCGGUCUUGGAACCCGACGAACCUGUCGCUGCGGUGCUUCAGCACCAGCCAAAAACGCCCCAGCGCUGUCCUCGUGGAGCUCCGCGUGCUCAGCCGCGCCAGCCUGAUGUGACCUCGACUCCCCGUCCAGCGAUGGGUGUCUUCCCCACGCAAGCGAGCACUACCCCGGCGACUUCGGGAUUGCGCUCAGGUAAUACCUCUGACGCCAUCUUCUCGAGAGCGCAGUUCGGCCUGGACCCACGCUCGUCGCCCAUCGUCGCUCGUGCCCGUUCCCUUCCGCGCCUCCCAGAGCGUCGCCGGUCUGUAGCCGUCCGGGCUCGUACGAGCGUGGCCCGGGAGGUGCAGCCGAGACCGGUGAGGGUGAAACGCCACAAGGACGUCGAGUACGAAUGGAAGGCGGGCCAAGGUGGCCAUGUUCUGCUUCUCAAGCCGACACCCGAGCAGUAUGCGGACCUCAAGGGGACCCAAGACGGCUGCCCACUGCUGUUCCUUUGCGCCGAGGAGCUCGGGGCGCGGCGCCACGGUGCCUUUAUCAUCGAGAUCCCGGAGGCCUCGCGACCAGUGAUCCCUGAACAGCCGGCUCUAGAAAGGAUAUGUACCGUGUAUAAGCAGCAGAAGCUGGCUUCUGGGUUUUGGAGACUAUACACAUCGUCCGGCCGGCGUACUAUACCUCAACCCGGUGCCUUCGAGCCGGUCGGGCUGGACGAGGCCACACGCGAGUUCGAGAAGCGCCUUUCGGUCGGCAAGACGCUGCAGCGGGUCGCAUACGAGACGGACAUCCCGGCGCAUACACCAGAGGAGCGCACUGAGGCGCUUUUGCCCCUGGAGAGCCCAGUUUACCCGCUUCGUGGUAACAAGCUCGAGACCACGGGCAUCCCCGGCAUCCACACCCCGAGCGCGUACCGCGGUACCACUUGCGCACCAUUCGCAUGGCAUUUCGAGGAUUUGAAGCUGGGCGCCAUCAACUGUCUGUACCGCGGCCAAAAGGUCUGGUUCGUCACGGAGCCUGCCUCGUUCGAUGCUGCGUCAAAGGUCUUUGGCGAGAUCACUAAGAAGGCCGUCGACCACGACCAGUUCCUCCGCCACGACGCGCUGCACUACGGCGCCAGUCACCUGCGCAGCCAAGGCAUCGUGACGAGGGGCUUCAUGCAGGAUGCGUGGCAGAUGGUGGCUGUGUACCCGGGCGCCUACCACUCUGGAUUCAGCGCGACGGGCACGCUGGCAGAGGCGGUCAACUACGCCGACUACUGGUGGACCGCCCCCGUCGGAUACCGGCCCUGCUCCGAAAAGUGCCACCCUGGGAGGGAGCCCAUCACUCUGGAGCAACUUAUCCCAGGCGAGAUAAGUCAGCCACCUGAGGAGCCGCCCUCUCCAACGUCUAUAAAAGUCCAGAUAAAGCCACUGGGACCCCCGUUGCGAGCCAUGGGUCACAUCGAUGCCAGCCCUGCAGGGAAACCGCCGGGAAAGCGGUCAGGGUCAACCAUGCCUAGCGACGUAUCGAUGGGCGAACCGGCGCUGAAGCGCGUAAAAGAGUUCCACAGACCGCCGUCUCUCGAGGUUCUAGCCCUGGAGCUGACAGGCCCGUCGGCCGAGCGGCGCCUCAGGCGCCAGAUGCUCGCUUAUAGCAAAUAUCCGGAGAUCCUUCCCCAGCCCUGGGAUGACAAGGGAAGCUGGGUACAGCAGACGAGGGAUUACAUAAAUCUCGGAAACGACAUGAAACGCAGAAACUACUCGACUGCCCCCACCGAGUUUACCAAGCUGGUCGGGCUCGUUGCGAGGGCCACCGCCACCACGACCAUAUACACAGGAGGAGAGGGCGGGGGCAUUGGGAGCGCAGCUGAUGUGAAGUCAUUGUCCAUAGGCGCCAUCGAGCAGGUCCGCGACAGCCUAGGGAUCGAAAUGAAGUCCCAGCCGUUUAAGUUCUGGCUGGCGGCGCAGCGAAAGUUCAUCCGGCUCGGGCUGGACAGUGCGCCCUUUCUGCCUUUCGAGAGCAGCAGAGACGCGGCGUUUCGGGACUACGAGCGCGUCGGCAACGCGGGAAUCGAGGAGAUCCGCACCAUGCUGAACAACGACCCACACGCGCGAAAAGCUGCAUGGGCCGGCCAGGGGCUCAUCCAUCGCAUCUUGGGCAAGAAAGACUUCCUUUGGGAGCGCAUCAGCAACAGCGGCGACGAUUUAGAGAAGUUGGACGGGGACACCUUGCUCUCGCUGGUCCCGAUCCGAUACGCUGAGCACUGCGAAGUCGACAGCGAGUGGAAGCCGCCGCAGGAAAUGCCAGAGCUCGAGAGGCCAGAUGCCGUGCAGGGAAAGCGCUGCGAGCUGUGCGAGGACGAGACGUGCGGCUGCAUACGCACCUGCUUUCCGCAAGAACCUCGCGUGUCCUUUGCCGAGCCCAACGGCCCGACUGCCCGGGCGGCGGUGGCCUACAAAAAGGGCGCCCUGAUUGGUGAGGUGACCGGGGUCAUUCACUCCCCUGGCACCGUCGCCGAAGAUGGCCACGCUGUAGACUUUGUCAGGCCCGACGGCUCGUCGCCCCCUGUGCUCCGCGUGGCCGGCCGCAUCAUCGCCCGCGCGGCGGGCAACGUCUUUCGACUCUGCAAGUAUAGGUGCGGGGACGCCGAGGCCAGGUUGGUGACCAUGGCGAUUUCUGGACGCUGCCGCAUGGUGGUCGUCGCGGAGAGGGACAUCGGCGAGGGCGGCGAGAUAUCGAUCAAGACGCAGAACAAGGCCGAACCCUGUGCAUGUACCGACUGCGCCCCGUGAACUGUAGUUGUUGGGACUAUACGAUUGUACUACAUACUUUUUUUCUCUGUCUCUUUUCUUCCUGGCCCACGGGCACACACCCCUGUAUUUGCUGUUCGUCUCCUGCUCAUUGAAAUUUUGGCGCCUGUUGGCAAACCUUUGCUUCACCUAUCAAGCAUAUUGAUGACCAUUUUCCCAUCCCAAACCACGAGUGCAAUGUCCCCG